GAUUACGCCUUCAUCUCCCAAGGAGAGACAACAGUGGCCUCCAUCAACGACUCUGAAGAGCUGAUGGCUACUGAUGAUGCCUUUGAUGUGCUGGGCUUCACUCAAGAAGAGAAGAACAGCAUCUACAAAAUGACCGGUGCCAUUAUGCACUUUGGAAACAUGAAGUUUAAGCAGAAGCAGAGAGAGGAGCAGGCAGAAGCUGAUGGAACCGAAGAUGCUGACAAAGCAGCUUAUCUGAUGGGGCUGAACUCUGCUGACCUCAUCAAAGGUCUCUGUCACCCAAGAGUCAAAGUAGGAAAUGAGUGGGUCACCAAGGGACAAAAUGUUGCUCAGGUGUACUAUGCCAUCGGUGCACUCUCUAAAUCAGUUUAUGAGAAGAUGUUCCUGUGGAUGGUGAUGAGGAUUAAUCAGUCUCUUGACACCAAGCAGCCACGCCAGUACUUCAUUGGAGUGCUGGACAUUGCUGGAUUUGAGAUUUUUGAUUUCAACACCUUCGAGCAGCUGUGCAUCAACUUCACCAAUGAAAAACUGCAACAGUUUUUCAACCACCACAUGUUUGUGCUGGAGCAGGAAGAGUACAAGAAAGAGGGGAUUGAAUGGACUUUUAUUGACUUUGGUAUGGAUCUACAGGCCUGUAUUGACCUGAUUGAAAAGCCCAUGGGUAUCAUGUCCAUCCUUGAAGAGGAGUGCAUGUUUCCCAAAGCCUCUGAUGCUACAUUUAAAGCUAAGCUUUAUGACAAUCAUCUGGGGAAAUCCAACAACUUCCAGAAACCCAGGAUUGUUAAAGGAAAACCAGAGGCCCAUUUUGCCCUGGUUCAUUAUGCUGGGAUUGUUGAUUAUAAUAUCAACAACUGGUUGGUGAAGAACAAGGACCCUCUGAAUGAGACUGUAGUUGGGCUGUACCAGAAGUCUACUGUUAAGCUCUUGGCAUUGCUUUUUGCAAAUUAUGCAGGAGCAGAAUCAGCUCAGGAAAGUGGAGGGAAAGGCAAAGGUGGAAGCAAGAAGAAAGGCUCAUCUUUCCAAACUGUAUCUGCCCUGCACAGGGAGAACCUGAAUAAACUGAUGACCAACCUGAGGUCUACCCACCCUCACUUUGUGCGCUGCAUCAUCCCCAACGAGACUAAGACUCCUGGGGCCAUGGAGAACCCUCUGGUGAUGCACCAGCUGCGCUGUAACGGUGUGCUGGAAGGCAUCAGGAUCUGUAGGAAAGGCUUCCCCAACAGGAUCCUCUAUGGAGACUUCAAGCAGAGAUACCGGAUCUUAAACCCAAGUGCAAUACCUGAGGGACAAUUCAUUGAUAACAAGAAGGCUUCAGAGAAGCUUCUAGGUUCCCUAGAUAUUGAUCAUAGCCAGUACAAACUGGGUCACACCAAGGUGUUUUUUAAAGCUGGGCUUCUAGGUUUGCUAGAGGAAAUGAGGGAUGACCGCCUCGCUCUCAUUAUAACCAGGAUUCAGGCAAGAUCCAGAGGUGUUCUUGCAAGAAUAGAAUUCCAGAAGAUUGUAGAACGAAGGGAUGCACUACUUGUGAUCCAGUGGAACAUCCGAGCCUUCAUGGGGGUCAAGAAUUGGCCCUGGAUGAAGUUGUACUUCAAGAUCAAACCUCUGCUGAAAUCAGCUGAGACUGAGAAGGAGAUGGCCAACAUGAAGGAAGAGUUUACCAAACUCAAGGAGGCUUAUGCAAAGUCAGAGGCCCGAAGGAAGGAACUAGAGGAGAAAAUGGUCUCUCUUCUCCAAGAGAAGAACGACCUGCAGCUCCAAGUCCAAACUGAGCAAGAUAAUCUCUCUGAUGCUGAGGAAAGAUGUGAGGGGCUGAUCAAGAGUAAGAUUCAACUGGAAGCUAAAAUCAAAGAGCUGACAGAAAGACUGGAAGAUGAGGAGGAGAUGAAUGCUGAACUUACUGCUAAGAAGAGGAAGCUGGAAGACGAGUGCUCUGAGCUUAAGAAGGAUAUUGAUGACCUAGAGCUAACUCUAGCAAAGGUGGAGAAGGAGAAGCAUGCUACUGAGAACAAGGUCAAGAACCUGACAGAGGAGAUGGCCGCUUUGGACGAAAUCAUUGCCAAGCUGACCAAGGAAAAGAAAGCUUUACAGGAAGCUCAUCAACAAACCCUGGAUGACCUGCAGAGUGAAGAAGACAAAGUCAACACUCUGACCAAGGCCAAGGCGAAGCUGGAGCAGCAAGUGGAUGAUCUCGAAGGAUCCUUAGAACAAGAGAAGAAAAUACGAAUGGACCUUGAAAGAGCCAAGAGAAAGCUUGAAGGAGACUUGAAGUUGGCCCAGGAAAGUAUCAUGGACCUGGAAAAUGACAAGCAGCAACUUGAAGAGCGGAUGAAAAAGAAAGAUUUUGAAAUAAGCCAACUCAAUGGGAAAAUAGAGGAUGAACAAGCAAUGAGUGCCCAACUCCAGAAGAAACUAAAGGAGCUGCAGGCCCGCAUAGAAGAGCUGGAGGAAGAGCUUGAAGCAGAACGAGCUGCUCGAGCCAAGGUGGAGAAGCAGAGAGCAGACUUGGCCAGAGAGUUGGAGGAGAUCAGUGAGAGGCUGGAGGAGGCUGGUGGAGCCACGGCCGCCCAGAUCGAGAUGAAUAAGAAGAGGGAGGCCGAGUUCCAGAAGCUCCGCAGAGACCUUGAAGAGGCCACUCUGCAGCAUGAGGCAACCACUGCCACACUCAGGAAGAAACAAGCUGACUCUGUUGCUGACCUGGGGGAGCAGAUAGACAACCUGCAGAGAGUCAAGCAGAAACUGGAGAAGGAGAAGAGUGAGCUCAAACUGGAGCUGGACGAUGUGGUCUCCAAUAUGGAGCAGAUUGUCAAGUCCAAGAACAAUUUGGAGAAAAUGUGUCGCUCACUUGAAGAUCAGCUAAAUGAAUAUAAAACCAAAUCAGAGGAGGGACAGCGUACCAUCAAUGACUUCACCAUGCAGAAAGCAAAGCUUCAAACUGAAAAUGGUGAACUAAUAAGGCAGCUUGAGGAAAAGGAUUCCUUGGUGUCUCAGCUCACCAGAGGAAAACAGUCGCACACACAACAAAUCGAAGACCUGAAAAGACAACUGGAAGUCUUGUCAGAAUGGAAGCAGAAGUAUGAAGAGUCUCAGUCAGAGCUGGAGAGCGCUCAGAAAGAAGCAAGAUCUCUGAGCACUGAGCUCUUCAAACUUAAAAACUCCUAUGAAGAGUCUCUUGAGCAUCUAGAGACCAUGAAGAGGGAGAAUAAGAACCUUCAAGAGGAAAUAUCUGACCUUACUGAACAAAUUGGUGAGGGUGGAAAGAAUAUCCAUGAGCUAGAGAAGAUACGGAAGCAGCUGGAGCAAGAAAAGUCUGAGAUACAGACAGCUUUAGAGGAGGCAGAGGCCUCUCUUGAGCAUGAGGAAGGGAAGAUUCUGAGAGUCCAGCUCGAACUGAACCAAAUCAAAGCUGAUUUUGAACGUAAGCUGGCUGAAAAAGAUGAAGAGAUGGAACAAGUAAAGAGAAACCAACAGCGAAUGGUGGAUACUCUUCAGAGCUCCCUUGAGUCUGAAACCCGCAGCAGGAAUGAAGCGCUUCGAUUGAAGAAGAAAAUGGAGGGAGACCUCAACGAGAUGGAGAUCCAGCUGAGCCAAGCCAACCGGCAGGCAGCUGAGGCCCAGAAACAACUCAAGUCUGUUCACUCACAUCUAAAGGAUGCUCAACUUCAACUUGAUGACUCUCUCAGAGCCAAUGAUGAUAUGAAGGAAAACAUUGCCAUAGUUGAGAGACGCAACAACCUACUUCAGGCUGAACUGGAGGAACUGAGGGCUGCUCUGGAGCAAACUGAACGGAGCCGUAAACUGGCUGAGCAAGAGCUGCUGGAUGUUAGCGAGAGGGUGCAGCUACUGCACUCACAGAAUACCAGCCUGAUAAACCAGAAGAAGAAGCUGGAAGGUGACACGGUCCAGCUGCAGACUGAAGUGGAGGAGGCUGUUCAGGAAUGCAGAAAUGCUGAAGAGAAGGCCAAGAAAGCCAUCACUGAUGCUGCCAUGAUGGCAGAGGAGCUGAAGAAAGAGCAGGACACCAGCGCUCACCUGGAGCGUAUGAAGAAGAACAUGGAGCAAACCAUCAAAGAUCUGCAGCACCGUCUGGAUGAGGCGGAGCAGAUCGCCAUGAAGGGAGGCAAGAAGCAGAUUCAGAAGCUGGAGGCCAGGAUUAGAGAACUGGAAACUGAGGUGGAGUCUGAACAAAGAAAGUCCAGCGACUCCAUCAAGGGAAUACGCAAAUAUGAGAGACGUAUCAAAGAGCUGACCUACCAGACGGAGGAGGAUCGCAAGAACCUUUCCCGCCUGCAAGAUCUGGUGGAUAAACUACAGCUAAAGGUCAAAUCCUACAAGAAAGCUGCAGAGGAGGCUGAGGAACAGGCCAACAGUAAUCUUACCAAGUUCCGCAAACUUCAACAUGAGCUUGAUGAGGCUGAGGAGAGAGCUGAUAUCGCAGAGUCCCAGGUCAACAAGCUGCGGGCCAAGAGUCGUGAUGUGGGGUCAAAGAAAGGGCACGAUGAAGAGUGAAGUACAUUGAAAGAAUCUGUUUUCCUGAGGCACUCCAUGUCUGAACAAUGGUGUCUCCCUAUGUAGGUUGUUCAGUAGAAUAAAAUGAAUGUGCAUCUCAAACUGUGCCAUGACUGUUGUGUUAUUUGAU